AUGGGAAGAUCACCAAUUAGUUCUGAUAAAAAUGGACUAAAAAAUGGUCCAUGGACCCAAGAAGAAGAUCUUAAGCUUAUUCAAUACAUUCAAGUUCAUGGUCCUGGAAAUUGGCGUAGCCUUCCCAAGAAUGCUGGACUUGAAAGGUGUGGAAAGAGUUGUCUUCUUCGUUGGACAAAUUAUUUAAGGCCAGAUAUUAAGAGAGGAAGAUUUUCAUUUGAGGAAGAAGAAACUAUUAUCCAACUUCAUAGUGCUCUUGGCAACAAGUGGUCAGCCAUAGCGGCUCGUUUACCUGGAAGAACAGACAAUGAAAUCAAAAACUAUUGGAACACUCACAUAAGAAAAAGACUUUUAAAGAUGGGAUUUGAUCCAGUAACUCACAACCCUCGUCUUAUUGAAGAAAACCUUGUAGUUGGGUCUUCAAUGGAGGACUCAAAUCUUGAAGUUCUUGGACUCCUUUUUGUUGGAAAUGGAGAAGAAGAGAAGAGAGAGGAGCUAGGG